AUGGCCAGAUCUCAAGAACACGGAGAGCAACCCUCUCGGGUAGGGGAAGGUGAUGAAGAGAAGAUUCAACCGGAAAUUCAGCAGCAUAUCAGCAGAAGUGAUAAGAAUGAUUCUGAAAAGGGCCUUGGUGAUGGACAAGGCCCGGAAAAUGGGCAAUAUGCUCAGAUCGACCCAGCUAUUGCUAGUCGUAUCGCGGAGAAUGUUGACGACUUCAUGACCCUCGUCAACGAGGCGGAUGACGCAAAUGAGAGGGAACGAGAUAUGAAACUUUCCCAUGCCUUCAAGGUGUAUCCUAAAGCUGUUGGCUGGUCGAUGCUCCUCUCGUCGUGCAUCAUAAUGGAGGGAUUUGGGACAUCGAUUGUUGGCUCGUAUAUUUCUUUUCCCCCUUUCCGCGAUAGGUUCGGCACUCAAGCACCCAAUGGAGACUAUCAGAUCCCCGCAAGUUGGCAGAAUGGCAUUUCAGGUGCCACUAAUGUUGGCGAGAUUAUUGGCCUUCAGAUUGCCGGUGUUCUGUCUGAACGCUGGGGUUACCGUUGGACGAUAAUAUCUGCAUUGGUUGCUGUUACGGGGUUCAUCUUCUUUCCGUUCUUCGCUAAUAGCCUUACAAUAUUCCUCGUUGGUGAAUUAUUCCAGGGCAUGGCCUGGGGCAUUUUUCAGACCAUGACCGUGUCCUACGCGGCUGAGGUCUGCCCUGUACCCCUAAGGCACUAUCUUACUAGCUACGUCAACCUCUGCUGGAUUAUCGGCCAAUUCAUCUCAGCGGGCGUCCUUGUCGGGCUCGAAGGUCGACAAGACGAGUGGGGAUACAAGAUUCCUUUCUCUCUACAAUGGGUAUGGCCGAUUCCUAUCGCUAUAGGCACGUACCUCGCACCAGAGUCGCCCUGGUGGUGCGUUCGGCAUGGCUACAAAGAACGAGCAGAGAAGUCGCUAAAGCGGCUGGCUCGUAGUUCUGGGUUUAGCCAGCGCGAUGCGGAUGCGGCAAUGGCUUUGAUGGUUUAUACGGAUGAGAUGGAGAAGCAGGUCUCUAAGGGGACUAAGUACUGGGACUGCUUUAGAGGUACCGAUCUCAGGCGGACUGAGAUUGUGUGCUUUAUAUGGCUUGCACAAACAAUGUCUGGUACAGCUAUCGGUGGCCUAUCGUCUUAUUUCUACCAGCAGGCGGGAAUCUCGGACGCAGAUUCGUUCAAGCUAAGUUGGGGCCAGAAUGGUCUCAACGCUGUCGGGACGAUCGCCAGUUGGUUCAUCCUGAACAAGGCUGGGAGAAAGACGUUAGUGUUAUGGGGAAUGAUCGUGAUGUUUAUUUUACUCCUGAUCACCGGCUUCAUGGGAAUUCAUGAUCCGCCUAGCACUGCAGAAGCCUGGACAGCAGGGACAAUGGUCAUCUUACUGAGUGCCACAGCUAACUUCUCUAUCGGCCCUGUGGUUUAUACCAUUGUCUCCGAAAUCCCAUCAACGCGGUUGCGUGCCAAAUCUAUCAUCUUGGCCCGUAACGCUUACAACGCUAUUAAUAUCGCUUUUAUUAAUAUUGUCUCAUACCGACAGGUCAACCCAGCAGAGUGGAACUGGGGUUCCAAAGCUGCCUUCUUCUGGGCUGGCACGAAUAUUAUCUUUACGGCUUGGAUCUUUUUUCGACUACCUGAAACUAAAGGUCGAACCUACGCCGAGCUCGAUAUACUGUUCGAGAAUAAAGUGCCUGCUCGUAAGUUUGCGAGUACCAAAGUCGAAACCUUACUUCGGGGCACAGAAGGCGCACAAAAGGAACAGGUAGAUCUUGUUACUAGUAAUAACGCGGGCGAAAGGAGAACUGAAAUUUAG